UAUAAAGAUCUGGCCCUGCCCCCACCUAUUACGUCGACAUUUGACGUCAAAUCCGUGGAUCAGAGAGAAAAAAAGUGUCAAAUACUCACUCGCUUGUGCUGUAGUGUGGCAGUUCUUGUAUUGAGAGUGUUGGCAGUGGUGGGAUUUGAGGAUCCAUUUCAGAUUUUAAAAAAAUGGCUGUAGAAGGCGCGAUGAAGUGCGUCAAGUACUUGAUGUUCGUAUUUAACUUCUUGUUCUGGGUCUCUGGCAUUGCACUUAUCGUGGUCGGCAUCGUGGUGCAGACCAAGUUGAAUGGCUCCCUGCACAUCACCAGCGUCGCUGCCUCUGGAGCUCCCAUUGUCAUCAUUAUCGUCGGGGUGAUCAUCAACUUUGUCGCCUUUUUUGGCUGCUGUGGUGCCUGGAAGGAGAACUACUGCAUGGUGACUACGUUUGCAGUUCUGCUGAUCCUGAUUUUCAUUGUGGAAAUUGCUGCUGCCAUUGCUGGUUACAUCUUCAAGGAUCAGAUUCGUGGGGUCCUUGAGAGGACACUUAAUGAAACGAUGAGGAAUUACAACAAAACAGGAAAUGCUGUCAACAUUGAUGAGUUGCAGAAGCAGUUUAGCUGCUGUGGAAGUGCCUCCUACAAUGACUGGCUUCCGCUGUUGAACGACACAGUCCCAGAUUCCUGUUGUAAAGCUGAGCGUCCUGGCUGCGGGAGCAAGCCUACAUCGAGCAAUAUUAACAAAGAGGGUUGUGUGAAUGUUAUUAAUGCAUGGCUCAAAAAAAACAGUCUGAUUGUUGCGGGUGUGGCUCUUGGCAUCGCCUUAUUCCAGCUCCUGGGUAUCAUCUUUGCCUGUGUGCUCAUGAAAGGCAUUCGAAGUGGCUAUGAAGUAAUGUAGUCUCCGUCUUUAAAAGGCCAAUUUUUUUGUCCGAUUUAUAUAUUUUUGUCUGUAUUUUUGCCACACCUGUGAAUGUUAAUCGCAAUGAAAAAAUUAUUUCCUUCAGAGGAAACAAAUGUCUGUAUCUUUUUCUAUCCUGCUUUUGGUUUUUUAAAAAUGUAUAAAUACUAAAAUGUAAAUGUAUUGACUUGCCAAUUGCAGCUCAAGUACAGCUCAUCGCUGGCUUCUUUUAGGGCACCCUCGUUCUAUCUCUGAGGACUACAAAGAUCUGUCUCUCCCUCUUCCUUCCCUCCCCUCCGUCCCUCCCUCGCUGUCUUAUAGCAUCUUCUACAGGGCGGUCAUUUUGGCUUGGAAGGCCUUGCAAACAAAUGCUGCAGGCUGGGAUUUUGGAUGAGGCCUAUCCCCUUAGUUCCAGGUGAAUUUGACAGCACGUGGGUAUAUGUUCUCUUUAUGCUGAGGCAACCAACUGCUUACCUUGUCCUUUUUUUGAGUGACUUUGCUGGUCAUUAUUGUUUGUGAGCAAGGACCGCACUGCCAUUUGUGGAGCCAACUGUAGAUGGGUGGGUGGUGAAAAAAUGUUUUAGAUGUAAAAUAUCGCCAUUGACCUCCACACCACAAAAAUCAAUGUCUUUUUUGGUUUUCAAAUUAACCUCUCCUAGCAUUUGGUAGCAACCAAAAGAAUUUAAACAAUCUCUUCUUGGUCCAAAUAAUUUGACUGGUUUAGUGGCCUGUUCAGACGGCCAGUAGUCGCGACACAUUUGUGUGUUUCAAAUUGACCCAUGCCUGUGCUAUCUUGUUUUCUUCUUUAAAUAUUGCCAAGAUGCAAACUGGAGUCUUGCUUUGGAAGAAGUCUCGCUCUUGCAAGAGGGUUGUUCAGUGCCUCAUUCAAGCACGUGUGAAAAUGCAUGUUUUUAAAACUGAUUCCUUUUUUUUUUGCCCUUGGAACUAACAUUUUUUAAAAUUUCUCUCACUGCAACUUGCAAUCUUGAAUCUUUAAAAUUUUCAGUGUACUAGCGCAUGCACACUUCUCCCAAUAUCUAGGGCAGGGAUCUGAAUUUCCCCUCUGGCUUUGUGUUGUGAGUAAGAUUAGUAAACUACAUUACUGGAAUGCGGUGUAGAAUGAAGAGGUAUAGGAUUUCCUCAGCCAGCAUGAUGUGUGUAUUAAUCAGACUCCACACUCAGCUCCUGAAUUGUUUUAGGUCAACUGUUUAUAUUGUUUAUAGCAUGUGGCAGUUGAAGCUGUUUCAAAGAUUUUUCUGUGCUGCGAUUUGUAACAUCUGGUCAGUUGCAAAGUGGCCAAUCCCGUGUGCUCUGGUGUCAGUGUCAGGUCUUCCAAAACACAGCCUGUCUGUUGUUAAUAAAAAGCAAUUUAACUUUCUUCCUGUGCCCCUCCUUUCCCCCACCCUUAGGCUGAUGGGUGCCUGUGCCGGGGGUGACGCUGUGUGCUCCAGUAGAGCCUUGACAGUGAUGUAUUCUGGGAAUAAAGGCGCCUGCCUGACUACCCUCUGGAGAUCGAAGAUGAGAAUCUGAUUUUUGUUUUGGCCUGUUUGCUGUCUCAAAUCUUCAGGCUGCAUAUCCUCCAAAUUACACUUUUGGGGAAACUUUUUUUAAGAAGUUGGGAGUACAAGGUGUAAGGGUAGGUGUUGGUAAGGCUCUCACUCUUGCUGCUGGUCCCACCCCACCCAAAUAAAUGUGCUCAAUCCUGUUGGAGCAAAUAUUUUAAACAGGAGUAAGGGUGGAAUGUACCAAGUGUACAGUUUUGGGGAGGGGGGGGGCGGGGACAUUGGUGAAUGAGCAGUUUUGGUGGUUAAUCAGCCUCCUGUGGAUUAUGUCUGCAACAGCUGCUCUGUAACUAUGUAACUCGCUACAGUCAUGGAGAAUUGGAGACCUCUUGGUAGAAUUUGAAGGUUUCUUCACUUUCCGAUCUCUCUAGCAUGUAAAACGUGACUGCAUGCUAUUUUCAAUAUGGCUUCUCAUAUAUUCAAGUGUAGAGAGAGUUUUUUGGUGUUAUGUGGCAAAAUUAAAUAUUUUCUAAGUUGUG